AUGUUGUUGUCUCGUCGUAUACCUCGUCAAUAUUUCCGAUCAACACGAACUUUCUUCUCUCCUCGGCAAGAAUAUUGGGCUGGAGAUGGGGUCAAGUCAAAGGAAGAUGUAUAUAAAGAGAAACCCGAAGAGGAUCCCGCAGAUUUUACGAUAACCGGCAAAAGAAGAAGAACAGACCAUUUCCAUUAUUCGGAUAGGAAGUCUGGCAAAGGAUACACGGAUUUCAGCGACUCUCCCUUCUUGCAUCGGCAAUAUGUUUAUCCACCAAUCCGAAGAGAUGUCCGCCGAGCUCCGUACAUUAUGCUAGUCUUGGCUUCAUUCCUCUUUUUCGAUUAUAGAUGGUAAGUUAUUUGUUUUGCUUUUCGAAAUUUAGGCCUUCGUAUUUGAUGAACCGCUCAAUUGUAGGUUGUUAUACCAUGUCAAUCAACAAAUCGAGCGAUUUUUCCCCGGAUACCUUGACUGGUUCAAUGAUACCUUUGUUCAGAUCGGAGACACCGACGAUUUCCAGGAGCGAAACGAGUAA